UGAUAAAGUAUUUUGACAGACAGUGGUCUGUUCCAUUAACAGUAGAUAUAAACAGACGGGUAUCCCGUCGGGUAAGUCCUAUAUUACAAGAUUGUUCAAGCCCAGAACCAGCCACCAGUGCUCCUUCCCAAAAAGUGGUAAAAUUGUACAAUAGAUGAAUGGAAGUUCUUUUGUUCUUGUGGAGGAAGCUUGUGGCAUCGCUUCCCAUCCGCGCAUCGAGACAGAAAGGAAUGAGGGGGGUAGAGAAAGAAUGAUGAGGAAGGAUCAAUGCCCGGGAAAUAUACAGAGGGGUGAAGGGAGUUUGACAAAAGGAAAUGGUCGACUGCAGGGGUCAGGGCGUAUGCGGGGAGCUGAGUAUGCAGGUGUAAUGUAUAUAUAUCGAAGGAAUGGUAGCAGACAUUGCGACUCGCGCGAUUGGUAUCAGUGCAAACAGAUGAGCAAUGUGCAGGUGAUGUUAGGAUAUCAAGGAACGAAAGACAUAUAUGCAAGUGGUAUACCGAAAACAAGGUGCGAGGCCGACGGUAUCUAUAAAAGGGCCUUUGGGGUAUGAAAACAGAACCAGACAAAUGAAAGAAACCCGGGCUGAACCAUGGCCUAUACAAACAUGGGUACAAAUCAAAGCGCAGGAUACAUAAGAACAAAGACACAAUGAAAUGGGAGGAAAAAAAACAAAAUGAAAAAAAGAUGAAUAAGCUGCCAACCCUCCGUGGAU